AUGGCCACCACUGAAUCGGGUGAACAGAUUGCAAAUCCCGGCUCCAGUGCGUUUAAGUGCGACGAACCUUCGUUGCCAGCUAGUCUCGACACCUUAGCUUACUCGUCCGCGCCGUUAAUACAGGCGCCAACACAUUGUGCGUUCAGGACGGGUCUAACACAGCAACCGGUUAGUCAUAUUCAAGUAAGUUUUACAACGUUUUUAUAUAUUUUAAAUUUUAGAUUGGAAUUAAAUCAUUGUAAAUGUCAAUUGUUAGGUUAACUUAGCUAAAAAUGCUUUUUAUACCUUUAAAAGAAAACUAAUCGUAUUUUGAUUUUUGAUUUUGAAUAGGGUUUGUUCAAAAUUAUGUUUUGAGGACAGUUAAUUUAAACUAUUUUUUUGCUUAAAAUAUUCGUUAAUAAAAUAUAAAAUGCUUACAAAAUGGCUUUUUUAAUAUGAGUAUGCUACGUUACUCUACGCCUCAAAAAUUCAAAAACAACUGUAACCGUCUUCCAUUGUUAAUUCCCAAUUAUACCACUCAUGGCAAACCGUUUUUUCGAACAAACUUCGCGUUAAUCACGAGGUUUUUACAAGUUUCGUUGACAUUUUUUGGAAUGUCCUUUGUUUUUGUAAUUUUAAUUUUUACACUCUUUUCCAGUACUGUUGUUUUACCUUGUAGUGAGUGGUUGUAAGUAUUAUUUUAUUUGGAAACAUGUUGUUGGUGGGUCUGUUAAGCCGAUUUCGGCCAUGUUGUUUUGUGUAGUUUUAUGGAGGGACCGAUAUUAUACCUUCCUUGUAAUUUUAUGUUCAUGAGGGUGUACAGUUUUUUAAAAUUAAAUACAGUACUUGUUGCUUAUUAAUUCGAAUUAUUUUAGGCUUGUUUUAGUAGGUGGGUUUAUAGGCUUGCAUAGGUAUUUAUUGGCUUGCGAUGAUAAAAUUAAACAUUUUUCUUCAUUAAAGCGCUAAAUAAUUAAAAGAAAAGUAUUCUCAUUUUUCAGUAUUCCAACGGUUCUCAUCAAAUCCACUCCAAACCGGGUAACGAACAGCUUGUCCCGAUGUUGACCCUUCCUUCCACGUCCAACGAAAACCUCAACAUCUAUCAGCCGCACGACUAUCGGCCAAACCGCACCCCACCUACGCCCACACAUCAUCAUCAAGUCAACAUUCCUCAACCACAUAAUGCCAAUCUCAACGCUCCCACUGGUAGUAACGAAUCGUUGUCGAACAACUCGGUCUCGACCAGUUCAUCAGCACACGACAAGUACCAGGUGCUUGAGAAUGCAGAAAACACUCCAAAACGACCGACUGAGUUGUUAAAGCCAAAUGGUACCACAACUUUGUCAUUGCCGGGAAAUUCGAUGGCAACAACGCCAGUCACGCCGAAGCCGCCAAGGAAGAGGAAAGCGCCUUCAGGUGAAAGUAAAUUGAAACAACCGAAAAGUGACAAGAAGGAGCGUGGUGAUAGGGUAAGUUUCCGCUACAUAGGUUUUUACUUUAGAACACGAGUCGGAAGAAUAUAUUUUAUUAGCAGUUCGAAAUUAUAAAAAAUUAACCUGCGGUCUGCAAAGUUAUGGUCGCAGCUCGCAGUUUUAGGAAAAUAUUCUUUUAUAAAAUUUUUCUUUGUUUUUUCUUACCAUCAUUAUAUUUUAGCAUUUAAUAGUAAGAAAAAAUUUUUAUGUCGUAAUUAUUUUAUAUUAUGGGAAAUUUGAUUGGUUUUACCAUAUUUCUUCUUAAAAUUCGUUUUUUCAGACCCCAAAACAUACUAAAGAAAACAAUGGAAUGUCUACGUUGGACCCGCAAACUCCGACUUCGACGAACGGUCGAAUUCCGUUUCGAAAACGGUCGUUAUCUCAAGAUUCCAAGGAUCCCAGCUCAAUGUCUGAUUUGAGCGACUGCAAGGACUGCAAACUGGAUUGCGGGUCGGAAGCUUCAACCAUACCUACGUGCUCUUCCAUAUCCUCUGCUUCUGCAUAUCAAAAUGAUCUUCAAGUGAAACAUCUGACGGACGAGAUUCAUCGCGUCAACAGUGAACUGCAAGCCGAAAAACGACGAACUACACAAUAUAAAGAAGUUAUUCGACAACUACUGGUAGAAAAAUCAAAAGCGGCGAGAAAGGAUGCCAGAGAGAAGAACUUGGAGGAUCAGCUAAGGAUUGGUCAAUUCAGACCAACAAGGAUAGGAGAACAUUUCAAGGACCAGUGGACGGACGGGUAUGCUAUGGAGGAGAUCAACUUGAAGUUGGAGAAGUUGAACAAGGAGAAAAACGAGAUACAAAAUUUGUCCGGCAAUCUGAGGAAACGAAAAGGAGCCAAGGAAAACAAACGGUAUGUCUUUAAUAUUUAUGUUGUUUGAAGCUUAGGUCUUUGGAGGGAUCUUCUAAAGUUUAAGAGGUUUUAAAAGGGUUUUCAUGACUUUUCAUGCUAAUUUUAGUUUUAUUAUUGCUUAUAUUUUAAAAUUAAUUAAUUAUUUUAGGACGAUAACUGAGCCAGCAAGUCCGUCUUUACAAUCGCAAAAUUCGAUCGAAACUACACGACAACUAGACGAUGGUACAUUUCUACGACCUGAAGUACCGAAGGAAAUGACUUCUCAGGAGAUCUAUGAACAAGAAGAGAUUCUGAAGCUACGGCGCGAGCAUUUGAAGCGAGACGAAGCCGACAUGUUGACAGAAAAAGAUCGGUUAGAGCGGGAGAGGAAUUUGCACAUCAGAGAAAUGAAGCGGAUUCAGUGUGAGGAGAAUUCCCGAUUCAAGAAUCACAUUGUGCUGCACGAACGUUACUUGUUAAUGUCAUUAUUAGGCAAAGGCGGUUUCAGCGAAGUGUGGCGAGCUUAUGAUCUGGAUGAGAAUCGCUACGUAGCCUGCAAAAUACACCAUGUCAACAAGGAAUGGAAGGAAGACAAAAAAGCGAAUUAUGUAAAACAUGCAAUGAGGGAAAAAGACAUUCAUAAAAGUCUACAUCAUCCUAGAAUUGUACAACUUUUUGAUCUGUUUACUAUUGAUAAUGACUCCUUCUGCACGGUGCUUGAAUAUUGUGAUGGCAACGAUCUGGAUUUUUACCUAAAACAACAUAAGCAGAUUCCUGAAAAAGAAGCUCGAAGCAUUAUAAUGCAAGUUGUGAGUGCAUUAAAGUAUCUGAAUGAGAGGAAACACCCGAUCAUUCAUUAUGACUUGAAGCCGGCUAAUAUUUUGCUACAAUCUGGAACAGCCGGGGGCGAAAUAAAGAUUACCGACUUUGGAUUGUCAAAAACAAUGGAGAACUCGGAUGAUGGAGAAAGCAUCGAAUUGACUUCGCAAGGCGCUGGAACUUAUUGGUAUGUUUUCAUCUUUAUUAUAUUUUUUUUAGGUAUAAAAAGGAAAAUUUAUGUUUGGGAAAUAAAUUUUUACUGAAAGUAAAGUUAGUAUCUAUAUUAAUGUUAAAAAUAAACAAGACUAUACAAAAUCUUAACGGUUGAAUUAACUUUUUUGUUUUUAGGUACUUGCCACCAGAAACAUUCCAAUCAUAUUCUCAUGGUUAUACACCAAAAAUCAAUUCGAAAGUUGACGUAUGGAGUGUUGGAGUAAUCUUUUAUCAAUGUUUAUAUGGUCGACGGGUAAGGGUUUGUUAAAACUUUGGAUAUUAUUAGGUUAUUUAUAUAUUUUUACUAUUUUCCAACGCUAAAUCAUAUAACAUUUUAUUAGUAACGAAAUCAUUUUUAGCCUUUUGGUCACGAGCGAACUCAACAGCAGAUUCUUCAAGAAAAAACUAUUCUGAAUGCUUCUGAAGUUUCGUUCCCUACGAAUCCACGUGUUAGUGUUACUGCACAGGACUUUAUUCGGGCGUGUCUACAGUACCGAAAAGAGGAACGUGCUGAUGUUGCUCAGCUCAGUCAACAUGAACUGUUUCGACCAAAGACCGCUAGGAGCUCUAACAUUUAA